CAGCCUAAUUCAUCCCCAGCUCCAUCCGAUUCUCUCGCACAUCUCCUUCAACAGGUUCUGCGCUCUUUCCCAACUUUAGAAACGAAUGCAGGAAUCCAGAGAGUUUGCACUAUCUUUUCUGACUGUAAUCUGUAAACUCCCCCAGAAACGCACUCCUAUGUUGCUUCUGCAAAAGCGCAUUACAGAGGCGCAUCUUUUGUUGCGCUCGUGCGUUGUGCUUUCUUUCUUUCUUUCUUUCUUUCUUUCUUUCUUUCUUGUUUCGUUUUAUAACUAUUUGCCGUCUUCUCACGUGCGUCCUCCAGUCAGUGGCUUGAGUCCAGCGCGCGUACGCAGAUGUAACGGCUUGCGUAAAGAACUAAGUGGGGUUAUCAUUGAAGUCAAUUUCAGCUCCAGCCUUGAUGCCGUUUGCGGAGGAGGCCACUGACGUCAUUGGAUCGUGAACGGAAAAGCAACAACCACCCCUACACACACACACACACACACACACUUCGUGCAACCCUUUAUUUACAGACAACUGGUCGCCUCGUGCUGUCAAAAAACCCCAGUCUGACCACUGGAAGUCCCUGAGAGUUCGCCACAACAGGGAGCUCACCGCUGCGCACAGUUGAAGUACUUAAAGCGCCGGUUUGCUGAAACCAUGCCCGCUCGCUCAAUCCGCGUUUCCCUGGCAACUGGAUCAAGUAGUUCGGCGGAGAGAUUGAUGAUGGCGCGCGCAACGCUUUUAAUUCGUCGUCGGACCGUCGACCUGUGCAGCGCCAAAGGUGCGACGCGGUGCUCAGCCGUCCAUACUAGCGUAGCGAUUUGGCUCGUGAGUCCAUCUAAACUGGCCACACAAGGAUCUCAAACGCUUCUCCCUGACGGCACAGAUGUUCCUGCAUCUGUCGCUUACUUGUGAGUGAGUGAGUGAGUAGUCAGCUCUGACACUCGUAUUUUAAAGUCGGUUCAAACAAACACGCAAGAUAUGUUGAGUGCAAUGUUGAGACCGUGCUGGUAUUUCAGUCCAAAACAUAGAGGGGGGAGAAACAUUUAAUCUAUCACAUCUGUGCACUUUUCCUGAGUUCACAGCUGACCAUGCAAAUGAACGCUAUGGACAUGCUACAGUGGAGCAGCAGAAUAAAACGGAGACCCACAUGGAUGCGCGUGCCGCCACGAAUAGGAGAGCGCGAGUUUAGCCGUGCGUUAUCGUGGACGUGUACUUUUUUCCUGCUUCAGUAUAAUCCCGGGAACACGUGAUUUGAGCACUUCGUAGAGGUAUUCCAUCAAUUGUCAGGGGAAGCUUGUUUCCGAGAAAUAGGAAAACUAGUCUUUUUGUUGUUGUAGUGAGUGACUCGUGCAUAUGUCGCCUUUGGUUUCUCUAAUCGCCUGCGCAUCUGCCAACUUUUCCCUGCGCGCCGGUUUUUUUGUUUUUUUUUUUGGACGGGAAACCGCUGGAGUCUGAAUGCACGAAAUCGCGGCGCGCGGAGCUCCUGCUUCUCGCCUCGCGGCCAAACGCAUGUGCAUAACUGCACAGUCCAGAGUGCCUCACUUUCACUCGCGUCUCCCUUUCGAGCUCAGAGGGCAUUUCCAAAAUAUCGUGUCCUAUCUAGAACAGCCAAUGUCGAAGAAACGCAAAACUCCGGACGACGAUGGAGGAGGAGGAGGAGAGCUUGCCAGAGCAGAGGAUUUCCCGCGUUCAAGCUGCGCUGACCAAGGUCUGACGGAUGAGAAAGUGAAGGCGUACCUUUCCCUGCACCCACAGAUGCUGGAUGAGUUUGUGCUGGAGAGCGUGAGCGCGGAGACGGUGGACAGAUGGCUGAAGCGCAAGAGCAGCGGCCCUCCUACAGAUGAGCCUUCAACUAAAGAAGUAAGCAGGCAGUACCAGGACACUAAUAUGCAGGGCGUGGUUUACGAGCUCAACAGCUACAUGGAGCAGCGGCUGGACACAGGCGGAGACAACAAACUCCUGCUGUACGAAUUGUGCAACAUCAUCAAAACAGCCACAAAAGCUGAUGGUUUUGCACUAUACUUCCUUGGAGAAUGCAACAAUACCCUGUGUUUAUUCACGCCGACAGGGGCAAAGGAGGGGCUUCCUGGGCUCAUCCCCUAUGGGCCCAUUGUGUUCGGUACCACCAUAGCUGCUCACGUUGCCAAGACUCGCAAGACACUACUUGUAGAAGACAUCAUGGGGGAUGAGCGGUUCCCCCAUGGCACAGGGCAGGACUCAGGGAUCCAUGUUCACUCUGUUCUGUGUCUCCCCAUCCUCACGGCCAUCGGAGACCUGAUCGCUGUGCUGGAGCUGCACCGCCACCUGGGCCGAGAGCCCUUCAACCUCAGCCACCAGGAGGUUGCCACUGCAAAUUUGGCAUGGGCUUCUGUAGCUAUUCACCAAGUGCAGGUCUGCAGAGGUUUAGCAAAGCAGACAGAGCUCAACGACUUCCUCCUAGAUGUGUCAAAAACGUAUUUCGACAACAUUGUGGCAAUAGAUUCUCUACUUGAACAUAUCAUGAUAUAUGCAAAAAACCUGGUGAAUGCGGACAGAUGCGCCCUCUUCCAGGUCGAUCACAAUAACAAAGAGCUGUACUCUGACCUCUUUGAUAUCGGAGAGGAGAAUGAAGGGAAGCCGGUGUUUAAGAAAACCAAAGAAAUUAGGUUUUCUAUAGAGAAGGGCAUAGCAGGUCAGGUGGCACGAACAGGAGAGGUCUUGAAUAUUCCAGAUGCCUAUGCGGACCCACGGUUCAACAGAGAAGUGGAUCUGUAUACCGGCUACACGACGCGGAACAUCCUGUGCAUGCCCAUCGUCAGCCGGGGGACCGUAAUAGGCGUUGUACAGAUGGUGAACAAGCUGAACGGAAGUGCCUUCACUAAAACUGACGAGAACAACUUUAAGAUGUUCGCUGUCUUUUGUGCUCUGGCCUUACACUGUGCAAACAUGUAUCACCGGAUCAGACAUUCGGAGUGCAUCUACAGGGUGACCAUGGAGAAACUUUCAUACCACAGCAUCUGCACAUCUGAGGAGUGGAAGACCCUCACUCAGCUCUCCCUUCCAACCCCCAUAUACAAAGAGAUUGAACUGUUCCACUUUGACAUUAGCCCCUAUGAGGAACUCUGGCCUGCAGUCUUUGUGUACAUGGUGCACAAUUCAUGUGGAAAAAACAGUUUUGAGCUGGAGAAGUUGUGUCGCUUCACCAUGUCAGUGCGAAAGAAUUACAGACGGGUUCCAUACCACAACUGGAAGCAUGCGGUGACGGUGGCCCACUGCAUGUACGUCAUUCUUCAGAAAACCUCUGGAAUCCUCACUGAACUGGAGAGGAAAGGUCUGCUUAUAGCCUGCUUGUGUCAUGACUUGGACCACCGAGGCUACAGCAACAGCUACCUGCAGAAGUUUGACCACCCGCUGGCGGCGCUGUACUCCACGUCCACCAUGGAACAGCAUCACUUCUCCCAGACGGUGUCUAUCCUGCAGCUGGAAGGGCACAAUAUUUUCUCCAACCUGACUUCCAGCGAGUACGAGCAGGUGCUGGAGAUCAUCCGCAAAGCCAUCAUUGCCACCGACCUGGCACUCUACUUUGGCAACCGCAAGCAGCUUGCUGAUCUGCUGAGCACAGGCGCGCUGGACCUGAACAACCACGCCCACAGGGACCGCGUAAUUGGCCUGAUGAUGACUGCGUGUGAUCUCUGCUCUGUGACCAAACUGUGGCCGGUCACUCGCCUCACAGCCAAUGACAUCUAUGCAGAGUUCUGGGCUGAGGGAGAUGAGAUGAAGAAGAUAGGAAUGCAGCCCAUUCCGAUGAUGGACAGGGAUAAGAAGAAUGAGGUUCCACAGGGGCAGGUGGGUUUCUACAACGCAGUGGCCAUUCCCUGUUACACCACGCUGUCUGAGCUGUUCCCUCCAUCUGCUCCUCUUCUUAGAGCCUGCAGGGAAAACCUGGGCCAGUGGGAGCGGAUCGCUCAAGGAGAAGAGCCGUGUUCGUGGACGCCGUGUGAGGAACCGGGGCAGAGUGAGCUGCUGGAGACUGGACCGGUCAAAGUGGACAACUGACUCAGCCUGAGAUCUUCAGCCUUGAACACAUCAUCAUCAUCCACACCCUGCCAGAGACACUGCACUUCCUUUAGGACAGUCCCAUGCCGCUGGAGAUGGGAGGGAGCAGAGAGGCCAGGCAGGAGAGGUGAUAUUCACCAAGCAACUAAAGGAAGAAUCUUUAAAAAAAAAAAAUUUAAAAAAAAAGACAAAGUAAAACAAGCGUUACCUCAGUGGGUGACAGAGGCUAUAGACUCGAAUUAUAACGGCUCUCCCAGGAUGCAGGAUUCGACUGCCUCAAAUCCGCUCUGUGUGGGACCACCUUCGGGUUUUCCUUUGGAUGGUUGCUUUUUUUUUUUUUUUUUUUUUUAAAUGUUUCGUUUUUGGUGAAAUCAAAUUCUUAGUUUUUCAAAUGGUUUCUUUUGUGGUCUUAUAUUUGAAGAGGCCUUAAAAUCUGAACCUGCAGUUCCUACUAAAACGACUUGUAACUGGAGAGGGUUCAGGUCAUCUGAAAUGGUACUUUAAUUCCUGCUGUGAUCAAAACAUCGAACGCGAAAACCUACUUGAGAGAUUCCAAGAGACGGUAGGGAGCGCAACGCCGCACGGGGCGAGCACGGUGGCAGUCUUGUGGACGUGUUCUGUUCGUUUGUGCAAAGAUGUUUUGCAGUACUUGAAUGAAGAAAUACAGCCUAUUCUAUGUGGGGAGAGGGGUUUGGGGGGGUGGGAGGAGGAGAGAGAAACAAACCCUGCAGUGUAUCCGUCUGAAGUAAGAGGAGCUGUUGUGAAGAAAGAAGCCGGAUCAUUCUGAACCUUACUGUAGUCACAGGAGAGUCACAAUGUUCCUCUCUAAAAUCUGACCAUGCAACCUGAUGUACAAAUCAGCUUUUGAUCCUCUUGUUCUCAAAGUGCUGCACCUUGGGCAAUCCACUCAUUUUUAAGGCAAACAGUAAUAAAUGUUUUAUGCGGUGCAUCGUGACGCUGUAGUGGCAGGCACACAAAACUAAACCAUAAAUUCUCAUUAACGGUAAUAUUUAGUUAGUAAUUAUAGCCUUCCAAAAUGUCCAUUGCACUCUCUAAAAUAGGGCUGUUUAUUGUUCGUUUUUAUAUUACAGUCACAUAAAGACUUGUUCACAUGUCUCAUUAGUGCUUAGUGCUCUUAGUCCUCUGAAUUUGGAGAAAGUAAUACUGCUGUAUAUGUAGAACAGGAAAGAAAACAACCACUAUGACCAAUGCAGUCAGGCUUGCUACCAUUUGUACCCAAUUGUUUUUGUUUUUCCUUAAGGGUUUUUUUUUCCCCCCCUGAAAGCAACACAUGGCACUCAUGAUUACUUUCCAAACUUUCCAUGUCCUCAUGUUCCCUCUGGGUUAAGGAUAAAUAGGAGACACAAACUUAUAAUACUAAUGUCACGAUAAAUAGAAUGAUGGUGACGUGAAAGACUUGGGUUAUUAAACGUUCACAGUAAAACAUCUUAAAGCAAUACGUUAAUAUUUCAUUCAUUAAACGUAUGGAAUGAUGGACAUGGAUAGUGAUGAGUGAAAUAAAAACCUCGACCCGUCAAACCCUCCACCGUCUCAAACCAUUGUGUAUGAAGAUGAAACACUGUGUUAAAAUGAACACUGUGCUCGUAGUGUUCAAGUGAGACUGUUGGAAAUUAUGGCCAAAGAUGAAUUAGAAUGAGGAAUCGCGUAUAAAACCGAGAGAGUUCUCCGAUUGAUUAAAGAGUUCAGCGUCAUGCGUGGUUCGCGUAGGGUUGGCGGUUCGAUUCCCGGCCCACAUGCCUCUACAUCCUGAAGUGCUCUUGGGCAAGACAUUGAACGCCGAGUUGCUCCGGAUGGCAAGUUAGCGCCUUGCGUGGCAGCUGUGUUACCAUUAGUGUGCGUGAACGGGUGAAUGAGACACAGUAAAAAGCGCUAUAUAAGUGCAGACCAUUUACCAUGAUUUGAUUAGGCUUGCGUUUCUGUUUUUCAGCCUGUAAUACAUUGGGACAUGACCAGAGCUCUGAACGCUUUUGUGUCAAUCCUGCAGAACUGAUGAGUGACUAACCAACACGGUGGCAAACUGCUUAACCAUGCCUGUUGGUUUUUGGGGGAACUAAAGGAGUACACUGUCAGAUACGGUCGUAUGUGUGUGCAGUAAGUACAGCUUCCAUUAGAGUGUGUGUGUGCGUCGUCGUUUUUUGUCCCCCCACCCAUACUUUUGGCACAUGUGCAAUGCGUGUGCAUGAUAAAUGUGUUUGUAUUCAGAGACGUAAGCUACACUCUUAUGGUGCUACCUUAGGUCUUAGGCAGCCAUGCACUUUCAGAGCGUGUGUGCGCGCACGGGUCAUAACCCCUUAAACAAGAAUCUACGUUAAGAGGAACUUCACAGCAUUCUCCACCUCAGUGAAUGAUCAUCCACAGCUUGUUUUUCUCCCCUCACAUGCACUAUGUUUAGAAAUUAUCAUUGUAUUAUUAUUAUUAUUAUUAUUACUAUUAUGUCCUUAAUUUUAUUAUGGUUCCUAUUAUAUUGCUAUUAUUACUGCAACUAUCAAUGAUUAGCAUUGUUAUUUUCUUAAUUAGAAUUAAAUUUUAAAUUAACUUAUAUUUUUUUAUACAAAAAAAAAAAAAAGUUAGCAUUUUUCUUUUGUACAGAGCAAAGUUGUGCAUCAUUAAGUGAAUGGUCAUGUAGACCCACUGUUGUCCAAGAAUAAUGAGGAAUGUCGACUGUAAAUAUAAGAGCAGUAAUUUUAUUAAAUAUUUCUGGAAAAAAAAAAAAGAAAGAAAAACCUGUGUAAUAUUUACUGUGUAGAUUUCUGUACGUUUUUCAGAGGAAAACUUAAAUGACAUGUUUGAUCGAAGUAGAUGGUGGCAUUAUUUCAGAUUGGGGAUUCAGAAGAUUUAGCACCCUCUAAUGGUGCACCAAGAUCUAGUUUAGAUGACAGAUUAGAUGUUGACAGUUGUAUAUCUAACUGUGGGUUCUAUGAACACAUUUUAUUCUUAUAAUAAGUCACUGAGCAAGCAUGACGCAAACUGCGUGGCAGAGCCCUGCUGCUAGACACCAAAUAAUACAACCUUUGCUGCUCUUGGAAUACAACAACAAAAGAAACAAUGGUAACUAGUACAAGCUAAAGACCUCUCCAGUCUUCUGAAGAUCAUCCAAGCACUGUUGAAUCCUCGCAGACGUACAAUGACGGCUAUUUUUAUGAGAUCAUGGAAACAGAAAACAAGCCCCACAACCUGGCUAAAAAAAAACAACUCCAAAUUAGCCACCGAUACCAACGACCUGAACAUCCUCUGAAUAUUAAGACAAGAAAUGUAAAGACUAGGUCUUUUGCAUCAUAAUACAGAUAGUAAAGAACAUAUCUCCAUAAAAUAAAAUAAAAAUCAUCACACAGAUGGAAACUAAAGAAAGAAAUUAGAGACUCUCCUAGAGAUGCAGAACAGAAGCAUGAGAGACAACCUAAUAUUAAUAAGAAUACCAGAAAGCCACCCUGACUGUCUGAAAUAUCUUGUCAAAACAUUCAUUCAACACGCACUAAAGCUUCCAGCCGAGGCGGUUACGAAACACACGAUUUCACAGUGUCCGCAGUCUCUGAGGGAGACCACAAAAUCGCCCCAGAUCCAUUAUCCCACAAGUCGAACAAAAGGAAAUGCCCUCAAUGACCAGUUCCCUCACGAACAUAGUAAUGACUCAACGUACUGUAUCCCCUGUUCAGACCGUUCAGGCAAUCUGGGAAACGUGUUCCACUAGUCGUAGGCAAACUAUAUAAACUCUAUAUCAAAGUCCAGCAAUGAGGAUCAACAAGAGGAACUCCAUGCGAGUAUGGGAAAUGAGAGACUUAUCUGCAGCCUUAUCAUCUUACCUCUUUUUUCCUUUUCCUAAUUGUUUUGAAAAUUACUGUAUAUUUUCGCCACAAGAGUAGUAGUAGAUCUACGAAUUUAUAACGAACGCAAUUAAACGAUUAACUUUAUAAAUCAUGGUCAUUAACGUAGUUAGCAGGAAUGCAAGUGGCAUUAACUUGUCAGCAAAAAACAUAAAACCUAGAAACAUCAGUCUAUGAAUAAAUUCAAUUGUCUGGAGAAAAUUAAAGAAUAUUCACUUCAAUCAAAUCUAUUAUGCAUCAUACAACUCUAAGAUUAGAUUCACAAGAAUCUGAUUCAUCAUCAUUAAAUGUGUCAAGCAAUUACAACAACACUUGAAGGCGUACAGUCAUGUGAAAAAAUAAGUACACCCCUGGAAACUGUUGGCUUUGUCUUUGACACAUUUGGACAAGCUAACAUUUGAUCAUCUCUAAAACAGUGCUUAUUAAUAAAGUUGAUGUACUAUAAAAAUGACCUAAAUUGUACAUUUUGUAGUACUUCACAAUUUAAAUUACCAUAAAAAAAAAAAAAAAACAGAUCAGUCACAUGGAAUAAGUAAGUACACCCCUACAUUUAUCACCCCCUUCAAAUCCAUAAAAUUAGAAAAGUGUGUUCUAGAUCGGGUGCAAGUGAGUAGAACAUGCCUUAUUUAUAACCCUCUCAUAUCUUGUCUAGUGUUCCCUGCUGUUGAGGUGUGUGAUGUCAUCGUGCCUAGAUCUAAAGAGUUCUGUAAAGCCUUCAGAAAUAAGGUUGUGGAUGCCUAGGAUUCUGGGAAGGGAUUUAAAAAGAUCUCCACAUUACUUGAAAUAGAUCAUUAUACUGUAAGGAAAAUAAUCUACAAGUGGUGCAGAUUUCAAACGUCUGCCAAUUUGUCCAGGACUAACUCAGCCCAAGAGCAGACCGUCUGUUGCAAAAAAAAGAAGCCUCCAAGAACCCCGAAAUUUCAUCACAGAAUCUGCUAGUAAGUCUUGCAACUGUUAGUGUCAAAGUGCAUACUUCUAUAAUCAAAAAGAGGUUGCACAAACUUGACCUGUAUGGGUGGCGUGCCAAGAAAAAGCCUUUGCAAGACUACAGUUUGCCAAUGAGCAUAUAGGCAAAGACCAGGCCUUUUGGAAUAAUGUGCUCUGGACAGACGUAUCAAAGUUAGAGUCCCAAAAGUGGACAUUUCAUCAGGAUAAUGAUCCUAAGCACACUAGCAAAUCCACCAAGGAAUGGAUCAGAAAGAAGAAAUGGAGGGUUAUGGAAUGGCCUACUCAAAUCCUGGAUUUUAAUCCCAUUGAAAUGUUGUGCUGUUGUGGCAGGAUGUGAAACUGGAAGAACAUGCAAGAAAACGCCUACAAGAAGUUAUUUCUGCUAAAGGGGGCAAUACUAGCUUCUGGGACCAAGGGUAUACUUACUUUUUCCACAGAAGAAUCACAUCUAUUACUAUUUCUGUUGAAUAAAUGAU